UUAACAAUCAUAUUUUUGAAAAUCCGGCAUCUGCAUUUUUUGGCUUUGGAGGGGAGGGGGAUUUGCCCCCCUGUCAAAUCCCGCUGCGUACGCGCCUGAUUAUUUAACUUCUAGUGAAAAUAAGAUGUUCAAUUUUAAUAUUCUAGUUCGAUUAAUAUGAAAAAUACACACCUUUUGUAACUUGGUUGAUUUUUAUUAUUUAUUAUGUCAAGCUGUGAUCCAGAUAAAUUUUUGCAAUUUUCACAUUUUAUAGAUGAUAUUAAGAAACAACAUCUUAAGUCUAUUUUAUUGCGGAGAUAUAUCAUUAAAAUGAAAAAUGAUGGAUAUAAGAAUUGUCACAUUGAACCUAAAUUAAAAUUAUUAUAUAAACGGGGUAUUGAUGAAUGUAUUGAAGAAAUUAGGUUAAUUAAAAAGGCAAUAGGACUUUACCAUCACAUUUUUAAGUUAAAUAAAAUUAACAAUGGCAAUCAAAAUUCUAACCAAGCUAGGAUAGCAGAUUGCCAAAGAAGAUCAUUCCCUAUUUAUAGAAAUACUGUAAAUAAUAGUGUAAAAGAUUAUAGCAAACACUUUAAAAAGGUUUGCAAUGUUUUAAGAAGAGGUGAACUAAUGCAAAUAUUAGAAGUGGAAGCAGCUCAACUACCUAUCUGGAAUAUCACAAAUUCAAAACCUCCGCCUUUAUGUGGUGCACUACCUCCACUUUCCAAUUACAUAUCGCUGCCUGGGGAGAAAGUGGCUGCAUAUAUCAUGGGCCUUAAACCACUUAGGAAAUCAUUUAAUAACGAUUAUAUUGAUCCUGAAAAUGGAUCUAUCAAACAUAAUUCUAUAAAAAUUAUUAGCACUAAUGAUAUGAAUAGUAUAUGUGGAAAUAGCAAUUUUUCAACUGAAAGCUAUUUUCACAAAAGAGUCAUUAGCUCUAAAUCGAUUAAUACAAAACCUAUCAAAUUAGCUCUCAGGCGUUUAACCAAUACAUUUGCUACGCCUCAAAAUCAAGGAACACACACCAGAAGGAUCAAAUUAAAUCGUACCGAACCUUUCAAGUUGCAAAGAAAUGCUGCUAAAAUAGCUAGGCUCAACAUUAGCAAACAUUCACAUCACACUAAUGUGUCCCAAUCUAAUAUUCACAAAUAUAGUGCUUUUAUGAACGAUGAAUGCAAUAAUGAAGUUAUCACGAAUUCUGAAUUGCUCUGUGAUUGGUCCGGUGAUGUUAAAAAAUCCGAACAUAAGCCCAAAAUUUUUUAUGCCUCCACACCUCUCAAGCAUAAAUUCCAACGAUCGGUUGGCGAGAAUGAUGCGGAUGCCACCAUGGAAUCAAAAAAUAAAAUAACUUGCUUUUCCCAAGAAACACAGCUAGAGGACGAGAACGUAUGGAUUCUCGCGAAAGUGGGCAAAUUUUGGCCUUCUAUUCCUAGGUUUACUAACGAAGAAUAUAGUCAAACCAAAGAUUCGAAUCUUAAAAUGACACCCUCCCUAAAAAUCACGAAAUCUGGACACUGUAAAAUAAAGAAAAACAGCGCGGGAGCUUUAUAUGGCGGCAUGUACGAGAUAAUUGAUGUGGACGAGAGUAGAGAGAGAUAUCUGGUUAAUCCUUCAAACAUUAUACCCCUGCCAUGUUUCAGGGCGGAUCCUGUGAACCAUCCUAAAGCGUUUUACGCUCCGGGAACGUCAGUCCUGGCCAGAUAUCCUCAAACUACUUGUUUUUACAAAGCGCUAAUUCACGAAAUACCCUCGCACGUGGAUAAAUGUUACAUGGUCAUAUUUGAUGAUCCACUUUACCCAGACGGUUAUUCUCCACCUUUGCCUAUACACCAAAAAUAUAUCAUCCCAUUCAAAUUAUCAACUUAAUUUAUUUUUAAAAAUAUUUUUUGUAUGUUACUUCUUUACUUUUAAUUUUUAUAUAUAGAGAAUAAAUCUACUUUGAUAUUUUUUACAAGUUAGUGUUUUUAAAAUCUUCGAUAUGUUUUUUUUGACUUAAGGGUAUUAUAUUUUUUAUCGAAGAUUUUUAGAUGUCAUCUGAUAUAAAUUAUUGAAAGUUUUAUCUAAAACAAUAUGUAAUUUUUUUCAUUAGUAAAAACAAAUUUUAUUUGUAAUCUUAACAAUUUAUAUAGUCAUCUAACAUUUUUUUGGUUGAUUUUUAAUGAAAAUUUUUUAAUUAUAACAUUAUAUCCCAUUUUUAAAAAAAUAAUAUGCAUUCAUAUUUGGCAUAAGUAAAAAUAGAUAAGGUCAGGUUAUAA